AAGCUGGUAGAGUCCCUGAAAGCAGCACAAACUGCUUCAACAUCAAACCUACUGUAAGCCACAUACAAGCUCACCAUGCAGUCUGCUGGGAAAUCCCUAAAGGAAGCUUUGCUCUGCGCCCAAGGCGAGAACCGACUCACUGUUGGAGUCUAUGAGAGUGCCAAAAUCAUGACUGAAGAUCCAGACAGCGUGUCCUUCUGCGUGCUGGCCACAGAUGAGGAAUUUGAACGUGACAUUGCUCUGCAGAUCCACUUCACGCUCAUUCAGUCCUUCUGCUUUGAUAACGACAUCAGCAUCGUCAGAGUGAGUGACACGCAGCGUCUGGCUGAGAUUGUCGCUGACAAGUCGAUGCAGCUUGAAGACGCCCACUGUGUCCUCAUCACGAACCCAUCUGAUGGUUCUUGGGAGGAUCCGGCUCUGGAGAAGCUGCACCUAUUCUGCGAGGAAAGCCGGCGUCUGAACGACUGGGUCCCCGAAAUCAGCCUCCCCGGACGCUGAUGCGGGUUCCUCUCCGGUCUCAGAUGCUUGUCAAGCUUCUCAUCUGGAAAUACUCAUCCUGAUGGACAGGAUGAGCCUGUUUCUGCUCAUCCCUGGAUACUCCUGAGGAGGAUUCCCCAAUCCAGGCAGCACGGCGCCGGCCCGAGGGGGCCACCCGUGGAACCGUCGCCUCUUGUCCCGUCCAUGCCAAGAUGACUCUCAUUCUUUGUGUGAAUGAGGUCGGGUAUGCCUCAAGAGCGACACAUCGACCCUCAUUCUUUGUGCGGAUGAGGUUUGGAGAGGAAGGAGAAGCACGCGCAGCAGGAGAAGAAGCGGUGCUGAGGAAGAGGACUCGUCAAAAAAAGGACUUUUUAAUGAUGGCCUCUUGGCUGAGCAACAUGACAACAGUUGCAGUCAGCGGAAACGUUUCUCACUUUCCAGAAUUGUCUUAAUUCUCUAAAGGUUUCACUUUAGAAAUUUAACAUCGACAAAAUCAUGCUAAAAUGUUUUUAAAAAGAAGAAAACUAUGCCUUUUCUCUGAAGGUUUCACU